GCAAAAGUAAAUGUAGUAUGAGCAUUUAGGCAUUCAUUCUUAGGAUAUCUUUGUGUCUACCUCUGAUUUGGCCUUCCUACACAUUCUCCUAUUUUAUAUUUCUGUAAUUUAUGCUUCUGGCUGUCACUGUAUCGCAUCAUGAGCACGUGGUCACAGUUCUUCCCCCCUAAGCCUAACUUCAGUGAGAUUCCACCUCAAGAUGGCAAAGUGUUUAUCGUAACAGGUGGUGCUUCCGGGAUCGGUUUCGAGCUCUCCAAGGCACUCUACCUCAAAGCCGGGCGUGUGUAUAUCGCCGGCCGCUCCGGGCCUAAAGCCCGAGCGGCAAUCAAGGAGAUUGAGGAUUCCACGCCUGACAAGACGGCGGCCGGAAGGCUUGAAUUUCUUCCCCUCGAGCUUGAUGACUUAGCAAGUAUCAAAGCAUCUGUUGACGAGUUUAAAUCCAAAGAGACGAAGUUACAUGUGCUCUGGAAUAACGCCGGAGUGUCGCGACCACCUGUCGGCAGUAAAUCGAAGCAGGGGAUAGAGCUGCAACUUGCAACCAACUGCCUUGGUCCAUUCCUCUUCACUCAGCUUCUUAUCCCUAUGAUGCAAGCCACGGCAUUGACCCAAGCCUCUGAGUCAGACCGCCGUUUCGGCUCUGUACGUGUGGUCUGGACUAGUAGUCAAUCCGUUGAACUCUCGGCACCGACAGGCGGCAUCACCAUGUCAGAACUCCAUGACCCUCCCGCGGACGCUACAAGGCUAUAUAACACUUCGAAAGCUGGCAACAUAUUUCUGGCAUCAGAGCUCGCUCGAAGACAUGGAAUUGCUAGUGUCUCGACGAACCCAGGUGCUUCAUCGACGAAUCUCUUUCGCCACACUCCCUAUGUCUACCUCAUAGGUUGGGCAAUUCUUCAUGACCCUAAGAUGGCUGCUUUGACACAGAUAUUUGCUGGGCUCUCUCAAGACAUCAGCGAGGCGGAUUUGAAGGGCGCUUACAUCAUACCAUGGGGUAGGGUUUCGGCAAACUUGCGAGAUGAUCUACGCGAGGCUAUGAAGCUUCCAGAAGAAGGGGGGUCGGGUAGAGCGAGUGAGUUUUGGGGUUUCUGCGAGGAGACAACUUCAAAGUUUCUUUGAUAUUGCAAUAGUGCUUAUGUAUGGAAGCAUGUCGUUGAGGCAGAGUAGAAAUAAAAAAAAAAUUGAUUAGCUAUCUCUAUUAGGAACUUCCAGCCCUCAUCGGAUAACAUGUAAUUUCUGUAUAUUUAACCAAACCCUACCUUUAAUCAAGCUUGAAGUCAGUAACUGACAUAAGUCUUUCUGUA